AUGUGCGAGAAAGUGGAAAACAAAGCCGAUUGCAAAUAUAAUAACAUAAAAAUCUACCAAGGAAACGUGCUUUUAGAUACACUGUGUGGUGGCAUUGAGACUCCAUAUUUGAUCAAUACCACUUCAUAUAAUGUUAAAGUUAUAUUCAGUUCAGAUACUGAGAAUCGAUUUAAAGGAUUUAGAGCUUUCUACACCACUCAAUCUUCCGUAUGUGAGAAUACAGGAUUCUAUGGUCCAGACUGUGAAAAAGUGUGCCAUUGUUACCAAUCACAAUGUGAUAUAGAGACAGGAUUAUGUGACUAUGGAUGUGAACAAGGAUGGAUGGGAUCUAGAUGCGAUCAAGUGAAAGCUCCAGCAAAAGUGGCGCUAUUUUGCAUUAAUUCUACAAACGAAGGCCAGUAUGCUCUGUUAAGGGUUGAUAGAGGACACGUUAAGUACCAUGGAAUAUACUUCCUCGAUGGCAACGGUGAUAGAUCAUCGAGCAAUUGUGAUAAAGGAUUAUUUAGUGAGAAUGCUGAGGGUAUUUUAAGCCUUAAGAUGUUAAUAGGGAAUGGUACUGCAAAUCCUAAUUGUUCCCAUACCAAGACAGGUGAAGGAGUCUUUAAAUGGAAAAUUAGAACAGAAGAAGUGCCUGGUUUCAACAGUUACUAUGACAGAUUAUAUGACCUGAGUUGUGAUUUUACAACAGCAGAAACAUUGAUAAGAAAUAGCAAACAUAUUAUUAAGGGGACAUAUCAAAAGAGCAGGGUGGCUGUCACACAAACGACUGAGGAUGUUCAGUUAGUCAUUCAAAACCCAGUAACAUUAACACGCUUAAUCCAAGCACCAGUUGGCUCCAGAAUUAAACUUGCAAUGAUAUUACACAAACACGAUGGCGUUACAGCUUUAGGUAUUUCACCAUUCAACUGUUCCUGUUCUACACCUGAUGGGAAUGUAUCUCAUCCACUCACAGACUCUAACGGAUGCCCUGUGCAAUAUUCACCUGUUUCUGCUCUAACCGGAAGGAACAUCUCUUAUGUGACAUCAAAUAUAUUUGAUGCUUUCACAAUUAAAGAAGAUAAAAAUGUCGUUUUUAGUUGUAAUUUUGAAUUCUGUUUUGAAUCAAAUGAAACGAAGUGUGCUGAUAGAUGUGGUUUUAUGAUGGGUCAGUCAUCCCUGAGAACAAAACGAUCAAUAAAUGAGAAACGAGAGAGUGGUCAAGCAUCAGCUUAUUUACUGUUGAUACCAAAAACACAGAAUGACAAACAAACGGGUAAGAAGAACUUCUCAGAAAACUCUGGUGGCAAGCAUUUGACUGCUAUAACUAUUUAUUUCUUGGUACUAAUAGUGUGUGGAGUUUUGAUCGUUGUGGCGAAGCUUGUUCGAUCAUUUCAUAUUAAACUUUGCGGAACCCUAACAGAUGUCGGGACUGAAAAAUAAAACGACUUGUUUUUAUACACUCAUAUUAUUGCAGAUUACCCUUUCAGGCAUCGUUUCUCCUGUAUGGUUUGUUAAUAGUCUAUAUAUCACUAUUAUCGUGGAAUCGUUUUGAAAUUUUGAUAGUUUUGUUAAGUCUAUUGAACUACCUCGGACAGUUUACCACCCACUUCGCAGUAAGAACUCCGGGUUCUCCGGUUUCCAAUCACUGCUAAAGACUACUUGGUGUCUGCGAUGCUCCUAAAACGGCGAAGGCGAACGCCAAAAAAUAGGGAUAAUGCGACUCGAUGAUUGCUUUAUUUCCCGCUAUAAAAAUUAGAACUACCGGGAUAUUCACAACGAAACGAAGAAAUGACGUACUGAUAAUACGAGAAGACAUGUUUUUAAAUGGCAUUUAAAAUAUACGCCUUUUCGUAUUAUCAACACAUGGCAUUUCUUCCUUUCGUUGUGAAUUUUCCAGUAGUCGCAUCAUCCCUAUUUUUUGGCGUUCGCCAUUCGCGAUUUACUGCACAUACGCGGAUUAUUGAAAUAAAAUGUACGAUAUGGUAGUCAUGGUCGGUAUAAUAGAGACUUGGUGCACGAUAUCGUACUUAGAUUUACGCUUUUUGGUAUUACUCGAAUAUUAAGAAACUUUUAGAGGAUACAUGUUUAGUAUUUUAGAAUGACCGUUGCCUGACAAACCAAGUUUAACACAUUGUUUUG